AUUUUUCCUGUAAAAAGAACAAAAGUGGGGUUUCUUGCAGUUUAUUUAAAUCAAAGGAGCCUUCUUUUCUUGCUGAAGUGACUGUGUGUUGUGUGUGAAAUCUCAACACUCCAGAGGGAAGUCUGGGCUGUUCCAGAACAAGAAAAGGGUAGAAAGGGAUGGGUGAAAAUGCUGGAAGCCUUGAACCUAGGAUGAUGGAACCUGAAUUAAGAAACAAUGGGAGUUCCCAAAGCGAGGAACAACCUGCGUCAGGACAGAAGAGUGUUAAGUGCUCUGUCAGAAAGAAGAAAUCUUUGCGGGCUCGAUAUGCAUAUGGCGUUAUUUUUCUGUUAACGAAUAUUAUAGCGUGGCUGUUUCGAGACUAUGGAGAGAGGAUUUUGCCGGUGCUACCUUAUUCAAGAGCGUGCGGGGCAGAGGAGCGAGAAUGUUACCAUACGAUGGGAGUUCUUCGUGUCAGUUUAGGAUGCUUUAUAUUCUUCUUUUUAAUGUUUGUGAUGACAUGUAACACCAGAAAGUUGCAUGAAGUUCGCAAUGCUUGGCAUUCUGGGUGGUGGGCUCUCAAGUUUAUUCUGUUGCUUAUCUCGUUCGUUAUUCCGUUCUUCAUCCCCACCGAUUACAUUCAACUAUAUGGUGAACUUGCUCGUGUUGGUGCAGGGGUGUUUUUGAUUCUCCAGCUCAUAAGUGUGAUUGAGUUUAUCACCUGGUGGAACAACUACUGGAUGUCUGAUGAGAAAAACAAAUCAAGCUGUUCGAUCGGACUAUUCAUGUCAACAGUAUUUUACAUUGCUUCUGUGUGCGGAAUAGCCGUGAUGUAUGCACUUUACGCCUCAAAAACGUCAUGCUCUCUCAACAUAUUUUUCAUCUCUUGGACUGGGGUUCUGCUUAUUGUGAUGAUGGUUAUAUCGUUGCAUUCUAGGGUGAAUAGAGGCCUGCUGUCUUCAGGGAUCAUGGCCUCUUACAUUGUUUUCCUAUGUUGGACCGCCAUUAGAAGCGAGCCGGGCAGCGAAAAAUGCAGCCCCCAGAAGCAAGAAAGUGGACAUGGUGGUUGGUCCACUAUCGUUGGCUUUGUCAUUGCUCUAUGUGCAAUUGUAAUUGCUACCUUUUCAACGGGGAUCGACUCACAAACAUUUCAGUUCCGUAAAAACGGAGCCCAGUUGCUGGAGGAUGAUGUUCCAUAUAGUUAUGGAUUCUUCCACUUGGUGUUUUCCUUGGGGGCCAUGUACUUUGCAAUGCUAUUCAUCAGCUGGAACUUAGGCAGCCUGACCAGAAAGUGGAGCAUAGACGUCGGUUGGGCUAGCACAUGGGUGAAGAUUGUCAACGAGUGGUUUGCAGCCACUAUAUACUUGUGGAAGCUGAUUUUCCCUGUCUUGAAAGAGACCAAAGUGAUGAACCAUGAAGACUCCACAGAGGAAGUGUAGAUAAGUCUGCUGUCCACCCAUGAUUUUGUUCUCUCAUCUACCAUAUGUUUUUUCUCUUACAUACUGCCUCUAUUCUUUAUUUUUUUUUUAGAAUUUUCAGGUUACUGUUUCCAGGCCAGUGUAAUACAAAAUUAAGUAAAAUGUUUUUUCUUUUAUGUAAAAUAAAUGCUCUUAUUU